GUUUAUUGUUUUCAGUUUCUUCCGCCAGGCAGUAGUGAAAUUUUCGCAAAACAAGAGAAUUUCCAUUUAUUUCCGUGUUUUUGCAGCUUUUUUCGACUGUUGUGAUGAGUUUCGAUUGUAUGGCGUUCGGGAGUUGUGUGGUGCUUGAGUGAAUUUGCUGGGAAGGCGUAAUAUUUGGUGAAAAACCGAGCAUCAGAAGGGUAGUAGGUUCAUUAUAGGUGGGUGGUAGUGCGAGUGAUUCAUUGCAAGAGCAGUGGAUCAUCAGAGUUGGGAACGGAAGCGAAAGCCAACGGAACGAACUGCUCUGUUGCGGAAGAUGGAUGGACACAUAAACAUUGACCAUCCGACGUCGGCCAGCGGCAGCGGUGCGGGUCUCGGUGGCGAUGCGGCCGAUGGUCGAGGUUCGUCGCGGAAGCGCUGGCAAAAGAUGCCACAGGAUGGCCCCGGAACGCACCCGUCCUAUGGGACAACCGAUUCCGUACCCAACGUAACGAUACGAGAUCCCAACAGUCGAAGUGGCCAGGGAAGUAGUCACGAGGCGGGUGCAAAUGCAACGCGUCCCCCAGGAGAUGGUCCGUCGGGGGCUGCUGCCGCAGCACGGCAGCGAGAAGAGGAGGAGGAAGGUCUCAAAUACGGUGCGCAGCACGUUAUAAAGCUGUUCGUUCCGGUGACCCUGUGCAUGGUGGUCGUGGUGGCCACCAUCAGCUCGAUCAACUUCUACUCCACCAAAGAUGUGUACUUGGUGUACACACCGUUCCACGAGUUGUCGGACGACACGGGAACGAAAAUCUGGAACGCGCUGGCCAAUUCGAUGAUCCUGAUGACUGUGAUCGUAAUCAUGACAAUACUGCUGAUUGUACUGUACAAAAAACGUUGCUACAAGAUAAUCCACGGUUGGCUGAUCAUGUCCUCGCUGAUGUUGCUGUUUCUGUUCAGUUACCUGUACCUGGAGGAAGUGCUCCGGGCGUACAACAUUCCGUUCGACUAUCCCACGGCACUGCUACUGAUGUGGAACUUUGGCGUGGUGGGAAUGAUCUCGAUCCAUUGGCAGGGACCGCUGCGGUUACAACAGGGCUAUCUGAUCUUCAUCGCUGCCCUGAUGGCACUGGUCUUCAUCAAGUACCUACCCGAAUGGACCACCUGGGUGGUGUUGGCCGUGAUUUCCAUUUGGGAUUUAAUAGCAGUCCUGACGCCGAAAGGUCCCCUUCGGAUCUUGGUGGAAACGGCUCACGAAAGAAACGAGCAAAUAUUCCCGGCGUUGAUCUACUCUUCAACCAUCAUGUAUUCGUACAUGGGAACGCACUCGGAUCCGAGCGAGGAAGCGCUAACCCGAAGCACCGGAGAACGCACAAUCGGCACUGGAUCCGGCAGUGGUGGCGUUGGUCUUGGUGGAUACGGGACUACGGCUUCUCCGGUGCACGCGGCUGCAGUGGGAGCACAACCAGCAGCAGCGAUGGCGACGAGGGUGCCCGAGGCAACGAACAACGCUGAAGGUACGCCACUGGUUACGUAUCGGGUAAAAUCCGGUUCGCGUGGUGCCGAGCAUGCAGAUCAAUCCGGCGGUUUCACGCAAGAAUGGUCCAACAACUCCGACCAGCGGGUGGCCCGACGGCAGAUCGAAGUCCAAGCCAACAUCGCCUCGAAUCCAACCCGGCCGGAGUAUCGCACCGUCACGGCGGAUCGGGUAGAGCGCACCGGAACCGGCGACUCCCAGCAGGUUCCCUUGUACGAACAGGCGGAGGAGCGUGGCAUCAAGCUGGGUCUCGGCGAUUUCAUCUUCUACUCGGUGCUGGUCGGCAAGGCGUCCAGCUACGGUGACUGGAACACGACGAUCGCCUGCUUCGUAGCGAUUUUGGUGGGUCUCUGCCUAACGCUGCUGUUGUUGGCCGUCUUCCGGAAGGCCCUGCCAGCGCUGCCGAUCUCAAUCUUCUUCGGACUGAUAUUCUGCUUCGUGACCAGCGUGAUUGUGAAACCGUUUACGGAAGCACUGGCAUCCGAGCAGGUGUUCAUUUAGUCGUCGCUGACGUCAUCGUUUAGCCAACCAAGUGGUAGCAAUCUGAAUCUGUUGGUUUUCUGCGAUUA